AUGCCGCAAAUCGCCGAAGAUGUGAAGAUUGCAUGGCACAAUUUUGAUCGAGCUCUUGAUAUUAAAGACUACAGAAUAAGCUUUUUAAUGGACGAAUUGACCGAAGCCGAAGAACAAUAUCAAAGAAUUAUAAAAUCACAUACUGAAAUUAUAGAUCGAUUUUUAAUAUCGUAUAAAGAAAGAAUACAGAACAAAGAAAGAAAUUAUCGAAGGAUCUUAGACGAAAUACUUAUUCAGACGGACAUAGGAGUUGGCAAAAUUUAUUAUCAGCAAAACGAAGUCUUGUUACAAUCAAUCAUUCACGGCGUUCACAAAUAUUUAGAAGAAUUAUCGAACAAUGUUAAAAGCAUCACCUUAAGUAAGAUUAGUUCAUUCGUGGAAGACAGUAAGAAUGUACGCAGAAUUUCUGUGACACAACUUGAAAAUCAGUUACAAAAAUCCUGGGAAAAUCUUCGACGAAUUCUGUCAGAUUAUCAAAAUGAAACAAAGGCUCACGGAAAAUCUUACGACAUGCUUAAAAAUAAGGACGAGAAAGAUCAGCAAGUAAUAGCACAACAAUUAUUACAUACAGCGAGUCUUUUCGAAGAUAUACGAAAGUUUCAAGAUAAAAUAACGACAUAUGAUUCUAUGGCCAAGAAAAAUAUUUCUAAAAUUUUGACGGAACACGACUUCUUCCAGAAAACUUCCUGUAUUUUAAAAAAUCGUCUUCUCUCAGAACAGACGAAAGAUAAAAAUCACUUGAAGAUAUUGUCGAUUAAAUAUAACAAGAUGAUAAAACAUUUAGAAUUUCUUGUAAUUAAAGGCAAACGUUUGCUUACGUUGAUGCAAAUCUGUCGUAAAUAUGAAUUACAAAACGAGAAAAUAAUUCCGUUCAUUAAUCAUACGGAAAGCUCACAAGUGCUCUCGCCGUAUCAAAUCAUUGCCCUAUCAGACUGGAAUGUGUCCCGUCAGAUUAUAGAUUUUCAAGAUAUGACAAAUUUUUGGCGGCAAUUUAGUGUUGUGCAAAUGACUACCAUGCAAUUGCGAUCGAAGAGGGAUAAAUUGAAGGCUGAAGCGAGACACUUGCGCGAAUGUAUCAGUUUUUACAUUACGCAGAAAGAGUAAGUGAAAAGAAUAAAAAAAGGUAUAAAUAAUUUAGUUAACUAUUGCCUCAAUAACAAAUGAAUUAUACCAAUUUGUUUUAAUAUAGGUACU